UAGUGAGUGCCUGUAAAUAUUAAAUGCCAAUUUUUUAAAAAUCAUCUUUCUCCCAACUGACCCCGCGUUUUCCCAGUCUAUGCCGUGCAAUGCCCGCCACCUCCUCCUCCUCCUCCUCCUCCACCACCGCUAGCGGCGGAGCCACCUUCUAGCCAUGGGCAACUGCAACGCCUGCGUCAGACCCGAAAGCCAACACGGGUCCAAGGAGAAGCACAACAACAACAAGAAGAAGAAGGCCCGAGAGCGCAGGCCCAACCCGUACUCUGACUCCCCUGCCCCGAUCCGGGUCCUCAAGGACACCAUCCCUCUGAACCACCGGACCCGCAUCUCCGACAAGUACAUCCUGGGCCGCGAGCUGGGUCGGGGCGAAUUUGGAGUCACCUACCUUUGCACCGACCGCGAGACCCGGGAAGAGCUUGCCUGCAAGUCGAUAUCGAAGCGGAAGCUCCGGACGGCCGUCGACGUGGAGGACGUCCGGCGGGAGGUCGAGAUAAUGUCGAGAUUGCCUGAGCAUCCGAACGUGGUGAGGCUGAAGGCGACUUACGAGGACAGCGAGGCCGUGCACUUGGUGAUGGAGCUCUGUGAAGGCGGCGAGCUUUUUGAUCGGAUAGUAGCGCGGGGCCACUACAGCGAGCGCGCGGCUGCCGGAGUGGCCCGGACGGUGGCGGAGGUGGUGAGGAUGUGUCACGAGAACGGGGUGAUGCAUAGGGAUUUGAAGCCGGAGAAUUUCUUGUUCGCGAACAAGAAAGAGAAUUCGGCGCUUAAGGCCAUUGAUUUUGGGCUCUCUGUAUUCUUUAAGCCUGGGGAGAAGUUUUCAGAGAUUGUGGGGAGUCCCUACUAUAUGGCGCCUGAGGUUUUGAAGCGGAACUAUGGACCGGAGGUUGACAUAUGGAGUGCAGGAGUGAUUCUUUACAUUUUGUUGUGCGGGGUUCCUCCAUUUUGGGCAGAAACUGAGCAGGGUGUUGCUCUCGCAAUCCUGAGGGGUGUAAUUGAUUUCAAGAGGGAACCAUGGCCUCAGAUUUCGGAUAGUGCCAAGAGCCUUGUUCGCCAAAUGCUAGAUCCCGAUCCCAGGAAACGAUUGACUGCCCAGCAGGUGCUUGAGCACCCCUGGAUCCAAAAUGCAAAGAAAGCUCCAAAUGUUCCGUUAGGAGAUAUUGUGAGGACAAGGCUGAAGCAGUUCUCCGUGAUGAACAGAUUCAAAAAGAAAGCUCUGAGAGUAAUCGCAGAACAUUUAUCUGUUGAAGAAGUUGAAGUAAUCAGGGAUAUGUUUACAUUGAUGGACACUGACAAUGAUGGGAAAGUAACCUAUGAGGAGCUGAAGGCUGGACUUCAGAAGGUUGGCUCCCAAUUGGCCGAACCUGAGAUAAAGCUGCUGAUGGAUGUGGCUGAUGUUGAUGGGAAUGGAGUCUUGGAUUAUGGAGAGUUUGUGGCAGUAACGAUCCACCUGCAGAGAAUGGAGAACGAUGCACAUUUCCGCAGAGCAUUUAUGUUUUUUGAUAAAGAUGGAAGUGGGUACAUAGAUAUCGAUGAACUGCGAGAAGCAUUAGCCGAUGAAUAUGGUGAAACUGAUACUGAUGUGCUAAAGGACAUUAUGCGAGAGGUUGACACUGACAAGGAUGGGCAGAUCAGUUAUGACGAGUUCGUUGCAAUGAUGAAAGCUGGAACUGAUUGGAGAAAGGCAUCCCGCCAGUAUUCAAGGGAGAGAUUCAAGAGCCUGAGCCUUAAUCUGAUGAAGGAUGGAUCUUUGCAGCUCCAGGACGGGUUUACUGGCCGAACUGUCAUGGUUUGAACUCGUCCAUCGCUCUCUUCCUUCCUUGACACACAGUAUACUUACUGCUAUUCAAAACCACACAACGAAAUCUUCCUUUCUUCAUGACUGCACCACCAUAAAGCAUAGAGAGUUUGGGAGUGGCCCGUGUUGGCGGGAUUCAUUUUCAUUUGGCCGCAUCUCACGAGGAUUGGAGAACCACAUUCUGCCGUAAGGACUUGUCUAGUCAAAUCAUAUCAUAUGUUACAGUUUUCAGAUUUGUAUCCCUCUGUUUCUUGGUCGUGUUAUUUGCGAGUGAUGACUGGCGGGUAUUUGUGCUUUCGGGUCUCUGUGUACAGACUAGUUUAGUUCAAGUAGCUGUUUGCUGGAAAUGUGAAUUUCGCUGUUUCAGGAAUGUCUGUUCUGGUCUGGUCUGGUCUGGUCUGGUCUGUUCUGUUCUCUAGAGUUUGCUAUUGUUGGACAUUGCCAUUUAUAAGCUUCCAAGGCCAUAAAUUCUAUCAAUCAUCUCUGGAAGCUGCCUUGAGGAUUGUUCAUACAA